UUCAUUUUUGUGCGUGUGUUAACUAAGGAGCAACUGCUGCAAAUACAAAUGGAGGUCCUGGAUUUUGAAACCGGUGAAAAGGUGUACGAAAUAUUGAACAGAGAAACAGGCGAAAGAGAGUACCCUUCCUCCACAGUUUUCCACAGUAAAUCCCCAAGGAAAGGUUUUAGAGUUCCUAGUCACGUGUAUUCAUCAGUUACACAACCAGAAGCCAAACAACUGAAGCCAACUUCCGAUUUCUACGAGAGUAUUACAUACCUGUUACCCACCGUUGUGUUGGUCAGCCCACUUUUGAUCGUCUUCCUCAUAGUCCUGGAGAUAGUUUUGCAUACUCGCACCCACGUGAAAAAUGAGAAACUAGACAAAAACAGCAACAUUUACUACCAAAGUCCCUUGCACUUAAUAUCCAAAGAGUUCUGUGGGAAAUGCAAGUCUGAAGCCCAAAUGAAAAUUAUAAAGGGACGCGACUUCGAAUCGCAUUCUUGUUUCAUAAAACAUUCCUUCGAAUUUCUCAAGAGAAUGUUGACGUAAUUUAGGAAAGUUGCAUGUUAAAAGUUCUUAAUUAAUGGAUUAGUAUCCAAGUAAAUUUAUAUAGAUAAACUUUCAAAUUUAUUUAUUAAGAAUAAGUUUGUUAAGGUUUAUUGUGAGCUGAUAUCAAUUUUGGAACAAUUGAGGUCAGUAAUAAAAAGUGUUUUGUAAAUAUUUGAUCAAAUUGUCUCAUUUUGUAUAAAAUGUCAGAUGUUGAGGUACAGAACAAAUGCAUUUGUUAAGUUUAAAUUAAAAAAAUGUAUUGAUGUUAGAAGAAAAUAUAAAUGUGGAAUUUUAAAUAAAAAUAUAUGGUGAUCAUAAUUUUG